AUGGACCUGUGGCAGCGACAUCAGGGGCAAUUUUGGUUUCCCGCUCACUUCUGCGUCCUCGAAGUGGUCCUAGCACCGACUCAUGGCUGCUGCGGCAGAGGUGAAUCUGGGUUCCCAACCACAUCUACGUCUGGUGGUGGACAGACUUCAAGGAGGCAGGAGAAAACCAGUUUAUCUUUCCUUCAGCAAUUGCUGUACAGAGGAUAUGAUUGUAGAAAUAACCUCUUCUAUACUCAAGCUGCUGAAGUGGUCUACCAUGUUGCUGCCGUUGGUGUUAUUUAUAAUCGACAACAGCAUUCACAGAGAUUCUACCUUGGACAUGAUGAUGAUAUCCUCUGUCUAGCUAUUCAUCCAGUAAAGGACUAUGUGGCUACAGGGCAGGUUGGACGAGAUCCAUCAAUUCACAUUUGGGAUACUCAAACUCUUAAAUGUUUGUCACUACUGAAAGGACAGCACCAAAGAGGAGUCUGUGCCCUUGACUUUUCAUCUGAUGGAAAAAGUUUGGUGUCUGUUGGUUUGGAUGACCAGCACACUAUAGUAGUGUGGGACUGGAAGAAAGGAGAAAGACAAGCAACGUCAAGAGGACAUAAAGACAAGAUUUUUGUAGUGAAGUACAAUCCGCACCAUGUGGACAAGCUUGUUACUGUUGGGAUUAAACAUAUAAAAUUCUGGCAACAUACAGGUGGUGGCCUUACCUCUAAGCGAGGGAUAUUUGGUAACAUGGGGAAACUGGAGACAAUGAUGUGUGUUUCGUAUGGCCAGAUGGAAGACAUGAUGUUCUCGGGAGCUGCAAAUGGAGAUGUUUACAUCUGGAAAAGAAAUCUUCUACUCAAGACAAUUAAAGCACAUGAUGGCCCUAUUUUUGCUAUGCAUGCCUUAGAUAAGGGAUUUGUGACAGGUGGCAAAGAUGGUAUUGUUGAACUGUGGGAUGAUAUAUUUGAGAGAUGUCUAAAGACAUAUGCAAUCAAAAGACCAGCCCUAUCACCUGGCUCAAAAGGUUUGCUUCUGGAAGACAAUCCUUCAUUACGUGCCAUUACAUUGGGACAUGGACAUAUACUUGUAGGAACAAAGAAUGGCGAAAUACUUGAAAUUGAUAAAAGUGGACCUAUCACUUUGCUAGUUCAGGAGAACCUGUUUCCUAGAUCAUUCUUUGUCAUUGGUACCUACAUGGAUCCUCUGCUUCCCACUGCAAAUUUCUCUCCAGCCCAGAGCAUAUGUCCAUUAAAAGAUUACUUAACAGCAACAAAGCGCUGUUAUCCUUGA